CCCCUCCCUCCGGAGCCACACUCCACCACACUCCUCCUACCUCUCAGCCUCUACCUCCUUCUUCUACCUGCCGGGCCGGCCGACACACAUGUAUAUGUGUACCUUGGUCUUCAGUGUAAGAUCUGAACCAGCGGAGAACGCACGCUAUUGUUAUAUCAUUAUCAUUGUCAUCGUCCGCGGCGAUUCGCGCCCGUCCCCGCCGCCGCCGCCUCCGCGCCGCGUCUACCGUCUUCGCCCCCCAGUGCCGGCUCCGAAAAUCCGCAGGAAAAGUCCUGCGAGAAACGGCGAACCCGCGUCGACAGGCUCCGGAACGAGCCCGCGAGAGACGAUCGCCAGGAUCGUGUGCCGGUCCACGCGCCGCGAGAUCGCUAGAUCGCCGCGAGAUCGAGAGAUCGAGACACAUUGCCGGCUCCUCCCUCUCCAGGCCGCUGCACACCGGCCUGCUCACGGCGCUCUCUGCUCUCUGCUCUCUGCUCUGCUCUGCUCUCGCCGGCAGGAUUCGGCCGGUCCUGUGUCCCCGGGGUCAAAGGAUGACGGGACGUAAGGUGUCGCCGGCGCGCCCUCUGACAAGCAGCCGCGCACGGGGCGGCCCACCUGUGUGAACACGUGGGAAAUCCUCACCCGCACACGCUCCGCACAUCCUCCUCCGCCGGUCUACGACACGCACGCCCACCGCCGAAACCUCGUGGGUCCACCUGUUCGAGCCGGAGCUCGCCGAUCGAUCAUCGAUCCCGGUCCGAUCGCGGUGCUCGUGGACGCGCGCGAAACCUUCCGAUCGUCCAGAAGGAUCAGCUGUGAGAAUUUUUGGAACGCCGCCGAGGGACCAACCGACCGACCGACCGACCGAUUUGGUGGUGCGCGGCUAGUUUCGUUCUAUCGAUUUCACUUUGGCAUAGUAGAGAGAGAGAGAGAGGGAGGGAGAGGGGGAGAGAGGCAAGAAGGAAGACGUCGGACUCUGGUCGAUUAGGAUCGAGGGGACCCAAUGACGGGGAGGAAGAAAAGGAGGUCUCGGGUCUCGACGGACGAGGCGACCAGGAUCGAUCGGAAACACGCCACGGCCGACGCCUAAUUAAAUCGAUUAGACUUUGGGGUUAAUUGUUCUGGAACGCCGCGCCGCGCGCGGUUCCCGCCUACUGUCAUCGCCGGCUCCGGCCCGCCGAUAUCGGGAACGUGAAUCGUUACAGUGCUAGAUAUCGGGACUAUGUAUAGAUCGUCCGCGACGCUGUCAUCUCGUUGCUGUCGUUGUCUCGCUGUCGUGUGACCCGAGCGUCGCGCGAUCCAGGAUCGUGAACACAGAAACUCGUGUGACCUUUCGUCGGUGUGGAUCGAGGCCCGAUAUAUCGCGGGGAGUAUCGACCGGCAGUGGGAUCGACGAGGAAAUUUUCGGUGCUAAGUGACGUCCCGUGUUCGACAAGCUAGGGUACCUCCCAGUGUCACCGGUAUCUGCUGCUCCUCCGCGGUGCGUCGUCGUCUUUUUUUUCCGGCGACCCUCGGGAGGACAGUCGUCUCUCCUCUUCUCGUCUUCCCCGGUUUCUAAUCGGUACCUUUUGUUAAACCGGGGGGGUAAUCGAACCGAACCGAUUGUCCGGUCGAGGCCUUCUACUCUGGUGGAUAAAUGUGAUCGCAAAACUGGUGUCCUUUGUUCAGUGUUCCGGGCCCUUCCGUUGACAAACAGCCGGGGCCCGAAGGCUUCCGUCUAGUUCCCCUCCCGCGCGUUCGCGAUUCUUCGCUGCUGUUCGCAGGGAAUCGUUUUGUGGUGACAGAGAACCGGCUCCGGCUCGAACGCGGUCCGCCUGCGACCCCGAUGAUUGCUCAAUUAGUUUUAAACGUGCUCGCGUAGUGCGCCCGUCGCGGCCGGAUAGCUACGAGGCUAACGAUCCAGGUGAAUCCGUGCUAAUCCGUGAUCAGUGCUGAAGGUAUCCUCGAAUAUUCCUCGCGCCGAGCUGUGGACCACUCGGUGCGCGUGAUACUCGGGCCUAGCUCCCGCCAGGAGACCACGAUUAUGCGAACGAAUGGUCGCUGUGAUAAAUGAUUCCCAAGAUCCACCAUAGUCCCUGGAAGCUACCAGUUUGGAACUGACGCCGCUGUAUCUACUGCUCUGUCUUCUAAAUCAUGUCUGCUGUUUACUACCGAUGAACGGUGUGCUUCCUGAUGUUCGCCGUAAUUGUUCGCCGGUGGAUGGGGUCGUCACGGCCAUAAACCCGAUCAGCUGGAAGGAGAUUCGAAGCCGAUUGAGGAUGUCCUCAAAGAGGAAGUCACCACCAACGAAGCUAUCGGAGGGCGGGGGCGGCACGGGUACAGUGGCAGGCGCCAACGAGGAGGAGGAGGACACGACCUCGUCGGUGACCGGUGGUCCCGGUGGCGAGAUAGCCGUCGGCGAAGAGGAUCCCAGCACCCCCGUCGGCAUCGAGGAGUGCUAUCCUCAUCAGAGGGGAGGGGACUGCGAGUCCUCCGGCUGUUCGUCACCAGCGACGACCAGCGAGCCGGAUCUCCGCGACUCGCCAUCGCCCUCGUCGAACUCCCUGCGCACCAGCAAGCGGCAGAGGAUCGUCCACGGACACCAGGACACCCUCGCCCCGUACCACUACCCUCACCACCACCACCACCAUCAUCAUCAUCACCAUCACCACACGAACACAUCGUCCUCGUCCGGUGGUGUCGUGGAACCAGCCAGCUCGUCCGAGUGCGGCUCGCCGCCCACACCGCUCACCGUCGACCCGUACUAUCCCAGCCAUCCUCAUCAUCACAAUAACAACAACAACAACACCGUCACGCAAAACAAUAACAAUAACAACGGAGGCAGCAGCGCCACGCCCGGCAGCAAGAGAUCCAUGGACGACGUGCUCAAGAGGCUAACCUGCAAGAUGAACAGCGAGUCGCUGUCCUUGCAGGAUGACACCGCCAACAACAGGCGGAUCAGCCCGCCGCCAUCCUCCACCCCCACCGGACACAACACUCACUGCGGGAGCGUCGCCAGCGUGCCGAACAGCGUGGCGCCUUCACCGCCAGCCUCCGGAAGGAUGCAGAACACGGAGACGCAGGUGCAGCAGGACGGUGCAUCGGCUCUGCACAGGGUCCUGUGCGAGGAAAGCCUAGCCGAGAAGGAACGGAGGCUGUCCGAGAUGAUACUGCAGCUGCAGCUGCUCAGGGAACAAUUGCUGCAACAGCAAGAUCAGUCGAAGUCGUAUUCCGCGCACAUGACCGUCGACUCGCAGAAGCAGAUCGAGAUGCAGCGGCUGCAAACGGAGCACUUGAAGCGGCAGCAAGAGCACAUCAUGCAGCACAACAUCCAGGAGUUACGGGCUCAGAUGACAAAGAGCCAGCUGAGCAUGUCGGGGCCGCAGUCCUUGAUGUUCCUGCCGUUUCUCGAACAGCUCCGAGGGGUGGCCGUGCAAUCGCCUAUGCCGCCGCCGUCGGCUACCUCCACCGCCACUACCAACAAACAUAUCAAUUCGAUCGCAAACAUGAUCAGCAGCCACCGGGAAGGUCCGAGCUGGGCGACGGCGCAUCUGGCGCAGAUGACCACGCAGAUGGAGAAGGAACCGUCGCCGACGCCAAUCUCAUCGGCGGUCGCACCCACCGCGCCGCCUCUUCAGGACCUCGACGCGCCCCUGAACCUCACCAAGCCGAAGUCCUCGUCUUCGGGGGCCACGGCGUCUUCGUCGUCGCCCGGAAGCGAUUCCCAUUCGACCGGGGCCGGAAGCAGUGGUCAGCAGGAGCAGCCUUUGGCGGCGACGGCUCCGAAACUCUUCCCGCCGGGACUACCGAUGCCGAGGAACUACUUGACGACGUUGCCCUAUGCUGGUUUGCCGCCUCAUCUUAGCUCCCUAUCCUCUCCGAUGGGCAAGGUGAUGGCCAAAGACGAGUCCGUUGGACCAGGCGGAUCAGUGGCUGCUGCAGCGGUCGCGGCUGUCGAGAAGCAUUUCGCGAUGCACGGGAUUUAUGGUCUGCCGCCGAGCGCAGGUGCGAUGCCGCCGUCACCUCAAACUCAACGACCGAUCAAGCAUUCUGGUUCCCGGGAGGAGGCUUCGCAGGAGGAGCAAGACUAUCUUCCGACGCCUCACAUGUGGCGGGAGCCGGGUUACAAGGUACCGGAAGACAUAACGGAAAAAGCGAAAAUGGUGAGACAGCAGAAAAGGGAGAGCGAGAACAAACCACAUAUCAAGCGGCCUAUGAACGCGUUCAUGGUGUGGGCCAAGGACGAGCGGAGGAAAAUAUUGAAAGCAUGCCCGGAUAUGCAUAACUCCAACAUAUCCAAAAUACUCGGUGCCAGGUGGAAAGCGAUGUCCAAUUCGGAGAAGCAGCCGUACUACGAGGAGCAGUCGCGUCUAUCGAAGCUGCACAUGGAGAAGCACCCGGACUACAGAUACCGGCCACGGCCGAAGCGUACCUGCAUCGUGGACGGGAAGAAAAUGCGGAUCUCCGAGUACAAGACGCUGAUGCGGCAGCGGCGACAGGAAAUGAGGCAGCUCUGGUGUCGGGACAGCGGCCCGGAAAUGGGUUUCCUCUCUCCUGUUGGUUCGGACAUGAGCUCGCAGCAUCAUCCAGGCUCGGGAGCAGGUCCUUCGGCGAGGCCGUCGGUUUCUCCGCCUGCGACGAUGCUGAACGGCGGCGCAGCUGGUCCCAGCUCGGACCACCCUUCGUUCUACUACCCGCAGGACAGCCUGUCGCCGUCGGACAUGAUGAACUUCUCGCCGGAGAACUCUGGAUCGAUCGGCGGAUACGACGCCAGUCCGCGGCACCACGACGAGGAUUGAACCGCAGCUCCGGGUCAGCCGCCAUGGCCGCCCGGAGCUUCAUCGUCCACAGCACCAUCAACAUCCAGACUCGGCCACGAGUUGUUCUGGUAACUGCAGCCUCGAGGUUCCCAUUUGGUCCCCCGCGGACAUCCAGGGAACGGGGAGGCCCGAAGAGACAACCGGCGCGCUCCAAAGCCGCCAUCAGGAACUCGAGAAGUGAGAAGCCUCGCUCGAGAGGUUGUGAUAUAACGAUUCAUUACUGUGCCAUCGUACGACGAGGAGGAGGCUCUCCCGCGAACUGGAGCACCGCUUCCUGGACCCUGUGUCGCCUAUCGAGGUCCACGAGGAUCUCGAAGACGUCCUCGAGUCGGUAGCCCU